AUGGGAGGAACUCAAAGUACAGUAAAAUCUAGCCAAGAAGAACCUAGCAGUUCACAAUCUUCUGUUUCGGAAGACCAAAGCACUGAAGAAAUAGCAGCUCUUGAAGAAUUAGAUUCAAUUUGGAAUGAUGAUUCUCUGACUGAUGCAAGCAGAAAAUCUAUUUGUGAGCUUCUAAUAUCAAAUAUUAAACAAGAACCAGAUAAAUCUUUAAGGAAUUUUGAUUUAAUAACAAAAAAGCACAAAUUAAUCAACCUUUUUAAAACAGACGAUCCAAGAACCUUAGGGUCUAUUUACAAUUUAUUCAUUUCGAUCCUAAAAUUAGCAACAAAAGAAAAAGAUUCAAAAAAUGCUAUAAUUUGUGGAAAUAUUUUAUGUGAAACAAUACCAGAUUUCUUUAGUAAAUUAGAACUAACAGAUUUUAUUACUCAAAAGGAGAUUCUUUCUCAACUUUGUACAAUUACAAAAAAUUUUCCUCACUCCAUAUUUGUUUCCAUCUCUCAUUCAAUUAUAAGUUUAUUUAAUAGCCAGGAUGAGUGCGUUUCCAGGAUGUCAACUGUGAUUUUUCAAAACAUUUCAAGCAGAAAUGAUCAGAAUGCAUACAUAAAAGAUUUUCAAGAUCUUUUUAAGGUAAUAAACAACUCUACAAGUUACAGCAUCAUAAAUUUCGUUUUCGAACAACUCAAUAAUAUUUUAACAUUUUCAUCUUCAAAACAUUCGAAUAUUUCGCUCAAGAGCCUCAAUAUUAUCGGUCUGUUGCAACGAUACAAGUAUAGUUCUUUAUUUGCUGAAAAUAUAAUCCAAUUUUCUUCACAUUUUUUCUCUCUUUGUGCCUCUAAGGUAGACAAUGACUCACAGAGUAUUAUUAAGGAAUAUAUUCAAUAUGUUGUCGAUAAUUUUUAUAAUAUUACACCUGAAAUUCUUGAUCUUUACACCAAAUACGAAAUGAACAUCCCUAUCAUGGAAAACAGACUUAUAUCAGAGCUGUUAUCAGGAAAACUUAUUGAUAAACUCACUCUGAAAAAUUCAAAUGCAAUUUUUUCGGAUUUUUCAAUAUUAAAUCAUAUUCUAGCAGUUGAUUAUGCAACUGAUCUUCCCAAAGAAUUCUUUGCAAAGUUUCCUUCUUUAGAAAAAUAUACAAAAGAAAUUGAAUUCAAAUUUGAUCCGAAAUCAAUAUUAAGCUUCAAGAAAUUGAUGAACAUCAAAGAUAUAUCACCAUAUUUGAUGUAUAAAUCCGGUGUUUUCGAAGAGAUUCUUGAAUUUUUGAGUCAUCAAAAUGAUAAUCAUAUUCAUUUCAAUGAUGAAGCCGAACUUUUAAGGAAAUAUUGUAUUGAACUUCUCAGAAUACUUCCAUUUCCGGAGCCAAAUGAUCCAUUUCCUUCAGACAAUUUAGAUCAAUUUCUAAAUAAGGAAUUAACUAUACGUGUGAAGCAUGAAAACCAGAUUAAACAGUUCAUUGUUCCAAUUUAUUCAACAUUAUAUGAAAUAGAGGCAGAAGUUAACAACACUUUCAAUGGAAUUUCAGAAGAUCCAAUUGAUUUAAAGAAAAGCCCAUAUACAGAGCAUUUUGAAUUCCCUACAUAUAAAAAUAACCUUCUGUAUAUAUCAACAGUCCAUAUGUUGGCCAAAAAUCCUCUUUACAAACUGUAUUGUUUUACAAUUGGUCGAAACUUUUAUAUUACAAAGCAAAGUUUAGUGCAUGCUUUAGUAGAUAGUGCUGAAGACUACCACGAUAUCGAAAAAGAUCUAAUUCUUGAAACGCAAACGAUAAAAGGAAAAAUUUCCGAUCAAUCUCUUUCAAAACAGUUUAUUUGUGAUAAAUUAGAAAUUAUAUUCGCCAUUUUGAAAGAGCUUUAUCGUUUACAUCCUUCACAAGAAUUCCAAGAUGAAUUUAUCAUAAAAAGAGUUGAUUUCUUGCUUAAGAAGUACUUGUCUGGUACACUUACACGUUGUUCAUAUGUUCCUUGGAUAGUUUAUCGAUAUCCGUUUAUGUUUCCUUUCGAAUUGAAAUAUAUCUCAUCUGUAAUCUUGAAUAACUCACUCCAUUAUGGUGCAGAUGUCUUUUCCUUAUAUAUGUAUGGUAAACACUGCAGAGAUAUUGGAUUGAAACUCAAAAUUGACCAAAGAUCAAAUUCUCUUGAAGGAAUUGGCAAUAUUUUGGUCUCAAUCUAUUCACUUCCUCACUUCAGUUUCGACAUAUAUUUCGAUAAAUGUCAUAUGAGUUACCAAAGAUUCAUGUACAAUUAUGGAAAAUUAUAUUUCGAAAAUAAAAUCAAGAACUCGGUAUUGAAUCUUAAAGUAUAUAGGGACACAAGCAUGGUGCACUUAUAUCCACCAGAAGAAGAAAAUGAGAAAAAGUCAAUAAUAGGAUUAGGCGUAAUUGUUGGAAAAUCACUCAUUUUCGGAACAACAUUACCAUUUAAAUUACACUCAGCGUUGUUUGAUGCUAUUAAUGGCCAUACAUUACUAUUUUCAGACGUAGAUGAAUUAUUUGCAAAUAAAAUGAUAGAAGAUGAGUUUUUCAACAAGUCAUUUACUUACCCUGAUGAUUCUGCAAGAACCCUUGCUGAUGAUUUAUAUAUUUCUGAUUCAAAUAUGGAAAUGUACCGAGAAAAAGUCAAAUCUUAUACUUGUGGCGAGCUUUACAUGACAGCUGUUGAAGAAUUUAAGACUGGACUCAAGAAAGCAAUAGAUAUUUCAACUUUAUCUCCUUUCUCUGGAAAAGAGUUAUCAGAUUUGUUGUUCGGAGGAACAGGACCAUUCGAAAAAUCUGAUUUGGAAAAUUUGAAUAGAGAAAUGAUCGACGACCAACAAUUCCAAGCUUUUUCUAAUUUUAUGAUGAACGCGAAUGCAGAGCGCAUUUCCCAGUUCUUGAAGGAUUUGGUUGGAGCUCCGAACGUUCCUUUCAACAAGUUAUCGAUGGUAAGACCAAAGAUUCAGUUGUGCACUGGAGAUGAGUUGUUUUCAGAUGAUUUCAAUAAUAAAUUAACACUUCCAAAGAAUGUAACUCCUGACAUGUUUUGA